AGAGGUGCGCCGACCAACACGGCUCGGACUUUCUCCUCCGGCAGGAAUCAGCGCGAUGACGAGCAGAACCGAGCCGGCACCAUGCGCUCCAGGCUCCCUCGGACCGCCUGCCUCCUGCGGCUCGCUGCACUCUGCAUCCUGCUCCCGCACGCCGCAGCCUACUUUGGACUGACGGGACGGGAGCCGUUGGUCUUUCUGCCGGGUCCCUUCUCCAACGAGGCUUCCACGGGCAAGGCCUACCUGAAGCAGUGCGAGCAGAUGGUGCUGUCCCGCCGCCAGAAGAGGCUGUGCCGCCGGGAGCCCGGCCUGGCCGACACGCUGCGGGAGUCGGUGCGCCUCAGCCUGCUGGAGUGCCGGUACCAGUUCCGGAACGAGCGCUGGAACUGCAGCCUGGACGGCCGGGGGAGCCUGCUGAAGAGAGCCUUCAAGGAGACAGCCUUCCUUCUGGCGGUGUCGUCGGCGGCGCUGACCCAUGCCCUGGCCAAGGCGUGCAGCUCGGGCCGCAUGGAGCGCUGCACCUGCGACGACUCCCCCGGCAUCCAGCACCGGGAGGCAUGGCAGUGGGGGGUGUGCGGCGACAAUCUCAAGUACAGCACCAAGUUCCUCAAGCGGUUCCUGAGCCAGAAGAGGAUCAGCAAGGACCUGAGGGCUCAGGUGGACGGCCACAACAUCAACGUGGGGAUUAGGGCGGUAAAGAGCGGCCUCAAGACCACCUGCAAGUGUCACGGGGUUUCCGGCUCCUGCGCCGUACGGACUUGCUGGAAGCAGCUGGCUCCUUUCCACGACACGGGCCGGCUGCUCAAGUAUCGCUACGACACGGCCAUGAGGGUGCUCAGCGUCACCAACACCGCCACCGGGGAGAGCGAGCUAGCCGGGCCGCGCCGCCACAGCCUCCGCACCACCGACCUGGUCUACCUGGAGGACUCGCCGAGCUUCUGUCGGCCCUCGCGGUACUCGCCGGGCACCGGCGGACGCACGUGCGCCAAGGACACCAGCUGCCAGAACCUGUGCUGCGGACGGGGCUACAACACGGCCAUGCGCCUCACCAGCCUGUCGUGCCACUGCCAGGUGCGCUGGUGCUGCCAUGUGGAGUGUCAAACCUGUGUCCGGGAAGAGGAGGUCUACACUUGCAAGAGCACGUAGGCCUGAAAAUAAGUUGGAACUCCAAGAGCCACUGAGAUUGCGCAGGGAACUAAUCACCACACUCGCAUUUGGCCGAACUGUGCACAAGGACCACAAAUGACUACCUAGAAGGCGCACAUCAUAACAUCUCCUCGUGUCCGAUGGUACAAGUCUGAACAAGCUCCAUCCUUCUCUGUGGCUAGCUAUGCUAUGCUCGCAAUAGCCAUCACUAGUGCUUUAAGUUGGGUUGAACAAGAAUUCAAGACGUAUUUGAACCGAGUUAAGUUCGGUUCAGGAGCUGCGCCAGCUAUGUAAAUAGCGUCACGUCAGAGCGUAAGGUGCCAGAGAAUUCCACAAGAUGUCUUCAAGAUGGGGGACAGUAACGGAAGACAUUUGGUGGUCUUUCUUGGGAGGUUUUGUAGCCUAACUUUAAAGUACAAACUAAGGGUUCGAGGCUAGGUGGAUCCUAUGUAAAAAGCUUGAGAGACUUCUGUUGUUCUUUGUCAAGACUACUACGAAUGUUCUUUUACGGAAAAGUUUGCCACUCGUUACUUUGUCGUACAGGUUCUUCGCACACCUUCAGUCAUAACUAUAAAUGACAAAAUAUCUGCCAAUGCUGCUCUCAGUCUGCUAUAGCUAACAUUAUCACUGUCCACAAAGUCCGUACUUUUCCCAGACACAAAUUAUUUGGUUUUCUAGAUAGUGCAUCUUACGACAUAGUUCAUGUUUUUGGCAAUUUACAUCAAAAACCGAAGUUUGGUCAACUAUUUGUAAGCAAUGUGUGUAUUUGUGAUGCACCACUUAACCACUAGGGGGAGCACAGCAUCCCCAACUAAUUUGCCACACCAUAAACAACAACGAUAGUCAAUCGCAUAGCCCCUUUUGCAAAUUAGUUUGACGUAUACAAAAAUAUAUACAUUACAAAAAAAAACUAGUUAUUUGACGUUUUUGUUUAGCACAAUUCUACGCAUUGGUCAUUCUAACCAAAAAUAUCAA